GGCAUCACGGAUGAUGCACUCAUACAUUUGGCUAUCCAUUGUCCCCGGUUGCGUGUCCUCUCCGUCUCAGUAUGCAAUAUCACCGAUCUCGGUUUGCGCGCUCUCGCUGGUUCUUUGUCAUCCUCUGCAGCUGCUGCUCUUCUUUCACGUUCCGCUAGUUCAGGACAUGGAACACUUGCUUCGGCUGGCCUGAACGGCCGUGGUCCAGCCAUUCUUAAUGGCAAUGCGCAUGCACAACAAGCUGCACUAGUUUCAAGUCAGGUAAUUAUACUUAUUCAUGCUCGUUGCUGUUCACGUUCCUUUUUAUUAUUUACGAGCACUAUCCUGUAA